CACUGUAAUUAAUAAAUAAUUUAUUAAAGAUGGUGUGUCUGGUAUUUUCGUUGUUGCUAGUGUUGCUGGUGACUGGUGGAUACGCGGAGCAGAGGAAAGUCCCCUUUCCAGCAGAAAAGAUGGGAAUGUUUCUAAGAGUAUACGCAAAUUGCAUUGUAGAGUCUGGAACAAUUUGGGAGUCAUUGGUAGUAUUGAAGGAAGGAAGGAUGAGUGACAAUAAUAACUUUCGCAAAUAUGUGUAUUGCGUUUUUACUUCUUCUGGUUACUCUAACAAGGAUGGUCAUAUACAAGAGGAGAAAUCACUUGAAUUGUUUCCAGAAAGCGACAGACAAAUUGUAAAAGAGCAAAUUGUAGAAUGUAAUAAAAAUCAAGAAGUAGAUCCAGUUGAUAAAGUAUCGGCAUUUUACAAAUGUUUUAUUGAAAAAUCUCCUGUAAUCUUAACAAUAAAACCUGUAGAUGAAACGAAAUAUUUCAAAGACCUGCGAACUAAUUUGUUGCAAAAGGUUUUUUCUUAAAUUACACCACGUAAAUUUUGCCAGAUUCAGAUGAUAACUGUUUGGAUAUAAAACAAAGAUGAAACGUAAACGAAAAUUACUGGAGAAGAUUUUCUAAAGUUUUCUUAAGUUUACAGAUAAUAUAAUAAAAUAUAACAAACACAACGUUUAAGAACAUGGCUGAAAGAAAGACAAUCCAUAACAACGUCCUUUAUAUAUCACCCAGCAAUAUUCCACCAUUAUAUUAAUGUCAUAGCGGUUAUCGCAACGGCUUUGGUCGAGUCACCUUUUUGGGUGACUCGAUCAAAGCCACCAACAAACCAAUAUGAGAUUUUAAAAAGUGAAUUAUGAGAUUUAUAUUAUUGCUUAAUUUCUUAUAGGUGUUUAGAAUUUCCUGGAUAAUAUUAACAUCUAGGAAACAUGAAAAAUAUACUUUUUUUUUUAUAAUUAGCGUUACUUGUUAUUUUUUAAUUUUUUAAACAUUUUGUUUCACAACGUGACUGUAUUUUAAUAAACAAUUAUAUUUCA